GACGUAAGAAGCAUGCAGUGGUUUGUGCUUGUCUCGGCUCUGCUGCUACCCGCCUCGAUCUUUGGUACAGCUAGGGGUUUAUGUCCGGCAAACUACGAACGCGCGCUGGAGAGCGGGCCGUGCCUGCGGUUCUCUGCUGAUCGUCAAACCUACCAGGCUGCCCGGCAGAUCUGCGAGGGGGAAGGCGCCCGUUUGGUUGUCAUCAAAGAUGCUGCACUGAACACAUUCAUCGUCGACCGCAUCAAAACCACCCACCGAGCCGAAACUUGGAUAGGACUGGAUGAACUGGCCGGUCCUCCUGGACAGUACACUUGGAGUGACGGCAGCCUGUGGCAACCUGGUGACUUUGCUGACUGGUCUCCCGGACAGCCGGACUUCAUCGGAGAGAAAUGUGUCGAGAUCCGGCCACAGUUCAGCUACGAUUGGAACAACCACGUCUGCAGUGAACUAAAGAACUACGUUUGCGAGGAAGUAUGCGGUACAAAGAAAGGCGUCUGCUCUGCUUGGGGAGAUCCACACUACACCAACUUCGAGGGAACGAAGUAUGAUUUCCAAGGCCCAUGCAGAUACACGUUCACCAAGGACUGUGUAAACGUUAACAGUACCUUUAGUGUGGAAGUACAACAAGAACCAGCCACCUGGAAUCAAGCCGUUUCAAUUGUGCGUGAAGUGUACGUCAUCGCAUACGGAUACGAAAUCGGGAUUCACCAAGGCAAAGUUGUGACGGUGAACGGACCGUCUCGUUUGCCUCCCUUCAACCUAGCAAAUGGCAAGAUCGCGGUCACACUGAGCGGCAACUUCGUCCGAGUAGAGUUGACAGAAUUAUGUGUGGUGAUUUUCUACAGUGGGGUCUGGGACAUUAAGGUGGAGGUUGCAAGUCACUACCGGAAUAGGGUGUGUGGACUGUGCGGUAACUACAACGGUAUACAGAGCGAUGACAAGGAGAUGCCAGAUGGGAACUUCGCCUCGAACUGGAACGAAUUCGGGAAUAGCUGGGUGACCAACACCAAUACUUGUGAUGGGGACCCUCCGACCGGUGAACCUCCAACAGAAGGACCGUGUGACGAGUCGGUCCCGUGCAACCUACUUGAAGAUCAGAGCGGCCCGUUUGCUGUAUGCCAUGAUGUUGUAGAUCCUGGUCCUUAUCUGAAAACCUGCGUCUUCGACACAUGUGCACUGCCGCAAGGAGACUUCCUUUGCGCUAAUCUAGAGGCAUAUUAUGACGCCUGUAUACGCGCAGGCGUGUCUCGUUUCUCUUGGCGAACAGCAGACCUUUGUCCUAUGGAGUGCCCAGCAAACAGCGCGUACUCUACAUGCACAAGCGCCUGCCCUGCGACCUGCGUGAACCCCAGCGCCCCGGACAACUGCAACCUUCCCUGCGAGGAAGGCUGCGAGUGCGAUGAAGGCUACGUGCUAAGUGGACAGGAAUGCGUACUUCAAACGAACUCUAGGAGAUGUGUGGCAAGAUGA